AUGGUUGCUGCUAAUAACCAUGUUGGUGUGCAGGGCAAUCCUCUCAUGGUUGAUGAAGAGGAUGAAAUUUCAGAUGAUGAUGAGCCUCCAGAUGAUAUAGCCGAGGAUCCAAAAUGCCCUAUCAUCCUCCUUUCAAAAGAAGAAAAGAGGAAACUCAGGCAACCAUGGAAGCACACAUUGAUCAUUAAAAUGUUCAAUAGCAAAAUUGGUUAUAUGUCCUUAAUGAAGCGUCUAAAGCGCAAAUGGGAGUUGAAAGGGGGAUUGUCUCUUACUGACAUAGGACAUGAUUACUUCAUUGCUAGGUUCUCAAAUAUAGGAGAUUAUAAUCAUGUGCUUACCCAAGGCCCUUGGAUGUUAGAUGACAAUUAUCUAACAAUCCGGAAAUGGAUACCUAAUUUCAUUCCAGAUGAUGCUCCUAUGCAUUUCCUCACAGCCUGGGUCAGAAUACCAAACCUUUCAGUUGAGUAUUUUGACAAGGAAUUUUUGCAUAAAAUUGGUGGCAAAAUUGGCAAAGUCAUAAGAAUUGACAACAACACUGCAAUGGCUCAACGAGGCCAAUUCACAAGGUUAAGUGUUGAACUUGAUCACACCAAACCUCUGCUUUCGAAAUUCUGGCUAAAAGGGAGAAUUUGGAAGAUUCAAUAUGAGGGGCUACGCAUGAUCUGUUUCAAUUGUGGCAAGAUUGGGCAUCAGGGUGACAAUUGUGAAUCCAUGGAACACCCAGACAAGGAUAGAGUCGUAGUCCCAGAGGCAGUCAUACCCAAAGAAGCUGAUGUGAUUCCUACGGUGGAACAACAGGACUAUGGUGUAACACCCUAG